AUGUCAGGUGGUACACAGAUGGAAGGGGGGCAGCUGCUCAAGUGUGGGGACGGGGAGUUUGAAAAGUCCAUACAGGGGAUGACACUCAAGAAUCUGCUGGACACUAUCUCCAUGCUUCAGAAGGAGAUGGGCCGCGAACAGGCAACCUUUAACUCACUGAGUGCACAACUGGCUUCACUGAACAAGAACUCACGUCAGUACAAACAAAUUUCUAAGGAAAUGAAUACCUCUCAGACCCGGCUCACCAUGCUCAUGAACCGCAGCAUGAAGUGUUUCCAGCAGCAAGGAAACCAACAUGUGAAGACCCCUGCACCUGCUCCACCUGGAGUUCAGCGCCACAGUUCCAAUGUCGAGCAAAAGGAGGGUAGUUCAGGAAACAACGUCCAACGACGACACUCUGCGAAGAUAUCAGCCACAGAGGGCGAGAACAUCAAGAGUGGAUUUGAUGCUAAAACAACCACACAAAACACAGGACCUAAGAAACCAGUUAUCUUACAACCCAUAGUAAACAAUGGUAAAAUGCCAAGUAAUGGUCACUCGGGCAGUAAGGUAUCGACAGCCAACUGCGUUAGUGAUACCAGUACAGUCUCCACUUCCGUGUCCUCAGUGGUAAAGACUACUGUCAGCCCUCCAGUAACCUCACUGACCAACAGCACCUCUUCUACUGCAAAAACAUCCUCAACCAAAUCCGUCGGGAUUACUCCAGUAAAAAAUACUACUCCUGUUACUAGCUCGUCUGAUGGUGCUAAGAGCACUUCCAUCUUAAACGUUGGUGUUAAAAACACUGUACAAAAUCUAGAGAGGAAAUCUGUAGUGAACAUGCCCAAGGUUAUAACAAAUGGUGCAGCAGCUAGGUCUACAACCUCCAACACUUCCGGAGUUGUUAAACCUAACAGUGAUAAGACGGUUAUCUCGGUAACAAGUUCUAGUAGUAAAUCUAUAGUAACAAGUGUUGUCACCAAAUCCACAACAACUGUCUCAAAGACAGUGUCAAGUGGUACUAAAUCAGUAACAAGUAGUGUGCAAGAGUCAUCAGAAACCAAGAAAAUACCAGAAGCACCUGUCGCUCCUACUCUCAAAAAAGUUUCCCAACCUUCUAAGUACAGCCGGCCCCCUAUUAAUCAACCAGUGGACCCUCGAGAACAGAUGCUUAGUGAAAUACGCAAUUUCAAACGUCCUGCCAAUGCAUCUGAAGUGGAACCAUUAAGGAAAUCAGUCACUGAGGUCAAACUAGGCAUAACACAGGGCAGGCAAGAUCAACAGAAAAAAGUAGCCACUAUUCCACAGCAAAAAGCAGUUCCUGUCUCAGCUCAGCAAAAAGCAGUUCCUGUCUCUGCUCAGCAAAAGAAAACCGCACCAUUUUCUGUUCCUCAAAUGUCAAAUGUGGCUUCUCCUGCAGAGAAUCAGCAGGUUACAUCUUCAGUCUCUGUCAAAACAAUUUCUAGCGAAAAAACAAAAGAAACUGAGAAAAAAGAGAAGGAAAUUGUGGUUCUUGAGUCUAAGUCUAGUGGAGAUCAGACUGUUAGGCUGGAACAGAUCAAAGUGUCAGAUGACAAAAUUGUAGAAGAUAAGCCUAAGGUCACACAGGUCAGUACCAAGGUCAGUGACAACAGUGAAGCAGAAUCAGAAAUACCAGCUCUGAUGACCACAGAAGACUCCACAGAAUCAGAGGGGGAACAGUCCGAGAAGUAUGUAAGCUCAGUGACCUUCACACACAAACCUUUGAAGUCAGCAGAAGCUGUGAAGCCAAAGACAAAAGUUCUGUCCUCAGCAUCAUCAGCUGAUGUGACUCCUGGGCCACCUACAGCUGCUGUAACGACGCCAGCUGAGCCAAAGCAAGUGGAUGCAAAAUAUGACUUGUACAUCAGUCCUGAGGAGAAGAGGGGUGUGGCACUGGAGAAGGACGAUGAUGAUGAAGUUGUUCCCAGCAGGAUUAACAUGAGGGAUUGGAACCCUACCAAACUCCUGGUUGAUUUGUAUACAGUCAAACUGGCUAAGGAGGAGGUGGAGGAUCUGUCUGACAAGUUUGUGGGUAUGGAGGGACUAAUGGAAAAGUUACCCAUGAAUAAAAAGAAGGCUACACUGCUGAAGACAUGGAAACGCAGGUUCUUCAGGGCCAAAGAUGGCUGGCUUCAUUAUUUUGAGACCAAUAACCACGAGCGGCCGAGUGACAGUGUACAGCUGAUGGGAGGCCACGUAGAAGACCUUGGAAACAGGAUACUUGGAAUUGAUGAUGGGAGAGGAAGAUUCUUAAUGGUUCGCUGUCCUACUGACAAGGAAUAUGGCCAAUGGAAACUGGCACUGGAGUCUCAGACAGUCGACAAUGUCCGAGCCACUUAUGUACGGCCAGUCCUGAAAUCACCGCCAAACCCAAGACGAAAGGUGGUGCUGAUAGAUAUUGGCAGUUGUAGUAUCCGGGCCGGCAUCUUAGGCCAGGAAGCCUCUUUGCCCGAGUUGUUUUUCCCUAGUAUCGUAGCUAGGAACAAGGACAGCUCAGACAUUCGUAUUGGUAUCCAGGCGUACCACCCCGAUGUCAGAAAGACGUCAACUCUGAUGAAGGCCGUUAGACCGACCAGUAAGAUGGACAAGUCUGAAGUCGUCGAUCAUAUGAAGGCAUUCAAUGUUGACACAGAAGUGAUGCCAGCUGUUUUAGAUAAAAUCUUUACCGACCUGAAUAUUGAUCCGUCAAAGUACUGGAUCAUGAUGAGCACACCCCAAAACCUUGCUGACCAACUGAAGGCUGCACUGUUUGAGAUUUUGAUUGGUCAGUUUAGAGUUAAGGGGAUAUGUAUGGUUAUGCAGUCCCUGCUGGCUCUGUACUCCUACCAGAAAACAUCUGGCAUCUUAGUGGACAUUGGUCAGCGUAUGGAAAUUCUACCUAUAUGUGAUGGGUAUGUGAUUGAGGGCGGAGUUUCCCGCCAGUCAUAUGGAGGUCAAAAGGUGGAAGAUUGCCUCAACAGUUCACUGACAGAGAACAAGUAUGUGUUUGGGACUCCUGUGGAGGAGCUGAUCUUACGUCACAUCAUGGAGCAGUCGUGCUUAGUAGCAGAGGAUUACAAUGAGAUGGAGAAAAAGUGUUCAACGGAUCCAGAGAGCUGUCAGUCAACAGUGUUCCUCAACAAGUACGACCUUCCAGAAGGGUCACACAGGGAAGUCGUCCAUAAUCGAAGUUGCUACCAUAGUUCAGAGGGUUUCUUCAACACAGACCUGUGGGGCAUGGACUAUCCUUGUGUCCAUAAACUGGUGUUCAAAGCCAUACAGUAUUGUCCUAUAGACAGUCGCAAAGAAAUGUACAGAGCUAUUUACCUGAGUGGAGGUGUCACCAUGCUGCCAGGGUUUGCAGAAAGACUUCAGAAAGAACUUAUCAAACUUGCUCCACCCUCAGUUAUUGUUGAGGUGCACGCCGCACCCCAGCGUUACCAUGCUGCCUAUAUCGGAGCUUGUAGCCUCGCCAACAUGGACAUGUUUGAACAGUCAUGUAUCACUGGUGAUGAGUGGGCUAAAAAUGGUGUCAAGGCUUUCGCCAAGUGGGCCAUGCAAUCUUCCUAG